UUUUUUUUUCUUCUCUUUUCUUUUACGUUCUGUAUAUUUUUGACAACAGCAAGCAGCUAUAAUGAAGUCUUCAUUCAUUCUUCCCAGUAUUUCUCUUUUAAUACACGCUAUUGUAGCUCAAGAAGGAGCCACUGUGCCCACUACUCCAGCAGCAACGACAUCCUCUUAUUCAUGCGAUCCUAACACCUGUAAAAUUGAAAACAAUUGUCUUUGCGCUUCACAAUCCCCUCCAGGUGGAAUUGCUCCUGCUGAUGCUCCACAAUUCGUCACAGUUACAUUCGAUGAUUCUGUUCAAGAGACGUUAUCAAAAACUGCGUACAGAAUGGUCAAUGUUACCAAUCCAAAUGGUUGUCCUGGUCACGGAACCUGGUUUAUCUCGAUGGCAUAUACCGACUUUUCAUUAGUUCAACAAUGGUAUGCUGCCGGAAAUGAAGUAGCCGAUCAUACUUUCUCUCAUGUUGGCACACCUUCAGCGCAAGAAAUCUCUGCCUGUAAGUCAAUGCUGAACACCUACGGUGGCAUCCCUAAUAGCAAGAUUCAAGGUUUCCGCGCACCAUUUUUAAAUUACACUAAGGAUACCUUGAAUAUUAUUAGCCAACAAGGUUUCUUGUACGAUUCAAGUUCCAGCGCUGUGACAGACGACGCUUAUUGGCCCUAUACUCUUGAUAACGGUAUGGCUAAUGAUUGCUGGACAGGCAUUUGUGCUGCUGGGGAAAUAAAAUUACCUGGUCUUUGGGAAAUCCCAAUGUAUUCUGUUCUUGAUAAGGCCGGUACUCCUCAACUUAUGGAUGUUUAUCUUGCCGGUUCUCCUGCUGAUGUAAAGACAUGGAGUCAAACCGCUUUUGAUAAGCAUUACAACGGCAAUCGCCAACCUUUUGGUAUCUACGUUCAUCCCACACACUUAACCACUUAUCCUGGUCUUCCUGAUCCUUCCGAUAUGCUUAAUGGCGUCUUGGAAUUCAUCCAAGAGAUUGCCUCCAAGCCUAAUGUUUGGUUCGUUACCAACCAGCAACUUUUGGAAUACAUGAAGAAUCCUGUCAAGGCUUCCGAGCUUGGCAACCAAACAUACAUGCAAUGUAAACAACCUGUAAUCUCCAAAGAAAUUUGUAAUGGUCUCGAUGAUGAUCACAACGGUACUAUUGAUGAUAAUUUGGUCCAAAGUUGUAAUUUCGGAAAUUCAUCCACCAAGACUUGCUUCAAUUGUCCCAGCACUGCUCCUACACUAGAUAACCCUACACCCGCUUCCUCGGUCCAAAAUGGUACCACUGGUUAUCGCUACCCCAUUCCUGAUACCUGCGACACUACUUGGUGGGAUCCUGUCGGAAACACUUGUUUAUGUACCAGUGCUGAUUGUCAAUUAACGAGUAUUGCUACUCCCAACAAGCCCAACAGCAACAGCAACAGCACCUCUGCUGGUACAUCCAACAAUGGCACUGCUGCCUCCACUAGUAAUGUUACUAGUGGAUCAUCUAAAUUAAUCUCAUCCGCAGGCUCCUUUGCAUUACUUGCUAGCUUGUUUAUAGCUGCUGCCCAACUUAUCUAAAUCCGCACAGAAUUUAUUUUGAUAGACAUAGACAUUUUUAUUUUCAUUGUAUGUCUUUUGUAUUCCAUUUCAUUCAAUUUGAUAGCACUAUAUUUAACAUCCCUUUUCUUUAAUGAUUGCCUUGUAUGUGUGUAAUGUAACAAUAAAUACAAUGCUUUAAAAGCAUACCGUCAAAA